AUGGAUCAGGACGAGGGCCUGACGGCCGUGGACAACAUUGUCACACAGUUCAACACCUAUGAAGACUUCCUGGACUCGCAGAUCACCACGGUUGACCUGUACUACUUGGAGGAUGAAAGCCUGGCUCGCCAGCUGGUGGAGCUAGGCUACCGAGGAACAGGAGAAAUCGUGAAAAGGGAAGACUUCGAAGCAAGGAAGGCAGCUAUCGAUAUUGCGAGACAGGCUGAAAGAACACAGAAAAAGACACUGACGAGCGCUGGUAAGGAGCUGCAUGAUAAUUUCCUGAAAGCCCUGGCAAUGAGGGAAGAAGAUAAUCGUGCUGGGAAACUGAGCGUGAGUACAUCACACACCAAAUUAAAGCAGAUUUUCAAAAAGCAAAUGCCAACGGUGAUCUUCAUUCGUGACAAAAAUUCUCAUGGGCAGGAAGUGUCAGGAUACAUCGACUAUGCCCACAGACUAAAAUCUGAAGAUUUUGAAGUCUACUUUACUGGGAAAAGAAGACUUCUUCCAAGGACCACGGACAUGAGCUUUUACAACUGGGACAGUCAUAUUGCUGUUUGCAAUUCAAGUCCAAAUUAUCAAGUGAUUGCUGACAAUCCUGAAGGCUUACUUUUUAAAUAUAAGAGGGACAGAAAAAUUCUCAAUGUGGACCCGAAGGCCCAUCCAGGUGACAACUCCACCAGAAUCCCCAUCCAGACGGAUCUCUACACACAUGCUGUUCUCUUUGACCACGUUUCCAGAAGGAAGACUUAA